GAAUUACUAUGGACUUUAAAACUUUUAGUUACACAAAGUAAACUUCCUCAACGUGCCACGUAUUUGCACAUAAUGACAUGAUUUGAACUUGUGUCUUGUUGCCCAACUCCUGUCCGGUCUUCUUACUGAACUCCGCCGAAAGCUACUCUAAACCGAAAAUGGCGGCUAGCUUGGCCGAAGAUUCCUGCACGGAAAAUCUAACCACUUAUGAUAGAUUCCAAGAACUCAAAGCCUUUGACGAAUCAAAAUCAGGCGUCAAAGGCCUUGUCGACACUGGAAUCACCAAAAUUCCCCGGAUUUUCCGCCGGCCAAAGGAGGACCGGAAUUCGGUCAAACCAAUUUCUACCCAGUUUUCUAUUCCGGUCAUUGACCUUGAAAACAUCGAAAACCGGUGUGAUGAGGUGAUCGCUGGAGUCCAGAAGGCGGCAGGGGAUGUUGGGUUCUUCCAGGUUGUUAACCAUGGGGUGCCCCAAAGGGUGUUGGACGAGAUGUUGGCGGCAGCGCGUGGGUUUCACGAGCUUCCAAGGGAGGUCAAGGAAGGGUAUUACACAAGGGAGACGAUGAGAAAAGUGAAGUAUGGGAGUAAUUUUGAUCUGUACCAGUCAAGUUAUGCCAAUUGGAGGGACACUUUGUUCUGUGUUAUGGGACCAGAGCCUCUUGACCCACAAGAAUUGCCUCUAGUUUGCAGAGAUAUAACAAUGGAGUACUCAAAACAAAUUCAUAAAUUAGGGACAACUUUAUAUGAGUUGCUCUCCGAGGCACUUGGGCUAAAGCCUGACCACCUGUUAGGUUUGGAUUGUCCAAAGGGGCAUUGUCUUCUGAGUCACUACUACCCUGCAUGUCCAGAGCCUGAACUGACUAUGGGAACUACUAAGCACUCUGAUCCUGAUUUCCUCACCAUCCUACUUCAAGACCAUAUAGGUGGACUCCAAGUUUUUCAUCAAAAUCAGUGGAUUGAUGUUCCUUCUGUUCCUGGGGCUUUAGUUGUUAACAUUGGAGAUCUCUUGCAGCUUAUAUCGAAUGACAAGUUCAAAAGCGUGGAGCACCGGGUUUUGGCAAAUCAUAUAGGCCCUAGAGUAUCCGUAGCUUGCUUUUUCACUCCUCAUUUAUACCCCUCAACAAGGAUAUAUGGCCCGAUCAAGGAAUUGUUAUCAGAAGAAAACCCCCCUGUAUACCGUGAAACCACAGUGCAAGAUUUCAUUAGCUACUAUGAUUCAAAAGGACUUGAUGAGAACUCCGCAUUAACACACUUCAAGUUGCAAGGAUACAGACCAGCUCAAAAAUCGUUUGUCUUUUUAAAUUCAUUUUGUGGUCAAACUUAUCUUCAUAAGAAGUAUUUAAAUUCUCGGAGGGAGUCUUUAAAAUCCUGUCAGAAGGAAAGAGCAUAUCAGGCGCCUGUGAAAAUGGCAUCAGAGAUCUCAGGGGAGUAUAACAGAAGUAAAGAGUUGAAGGAUUUUGAUGACACAAAAGCAGGUGUCAAAGGACUAGUAGAUGCUGGUAUAGUUAGCAUCCCCAAGAUUUUCAUACGACCAGCUGAGGAGCUCGCUGAGGAACUGAAUUCCUGCCGGAUAAACUGUGAAGUUCCAAUCAUAGAUCUAACCAACAUCCAAGAAGGUAACCGGCGUAAGGAGAUUGUAGACGAAGUGAGGGUUGCAUCAACAGAGUGGGGCUUUUUCCAAGUAGUUAAUCAUGGGAUCCCUUUAAGCGUGCUGGAUGAGAUGAUUGAUGGGGUGCGCAGGUUUAACGAGCAAGAUUUGGAGUCAAAGCAAGAGUUUUAUAGCCGUGACCCCACAAAGAAAGUGAGGUUCCACUCUAACUUUGAUCUAUAUGCAUCACGAACUGCUGAUUGGAGGGACACUCUGACCCUUUCUUUCCUUGAUUCCGAUCCUCAACCUGAAGAAUUGCCAGCAGUGUGCAGAGAAUCAACAUCAGAGUAUACAAAGUAUAUCAGAAAAUUAGGAGAGACUUUGUUUGAGUUGCUAUCAGAGGCUCUUGGGCUUCAAGCAGACCACCUUGUCUCAUUGGGAUUUGCUAAAGGGUGUAGCAUUGUGUGCCACUACUAUCCAGCUUGCCCCCAGCCGGAACUGACUUUGGGAGUAAGGAAGCAUGCAGAUCCAGGCUUAUUGACUGUGCUUCUGCAGAACGAAAUCAACGGCCUCCAAGUCCUUCGUGAGGGUCAAUGGUUUAACGUUCACCCCGUUCGAGGAGGCUUGGUUGUAAAUAUCGGAGAUCUGCUUCAGAUUGUAUCAAAUGACAAGCUCAAGAGUGUCAAGCAUAGAGUAGUCGCCACUCAUGUUGGACCCAGAAUUUCCGUGCCAUGCUUUUUCUCAGGCCAUUCUAGUUUGCUUGACAAGCCUUUCAGGCCAAUCAAGGAGUUGACAUCAGAGGCAAAUCCUCCUCGAUACAAAGAUGUCGUGUUAAGGGAAUAUGUUGCCAGAUUUUUAUCUGGCUCACUUGAUGGGAAGCCUCCUAUUGAUUACUACAAGCAAUGAAUAUAGAUUACCAUAAGCUAUUAAGCUAACUAUCAAUGCCAAGGAAUGAUAUUUCCAAUGGCAAGCCAAUCCAGAAGAAGGUUAAGCAUUUAAGCAUUUGUACUUUGUGUGGAGUCUUGCUAGCUUCUAUUAGUUUGUGUUGGUCAUGUCUAAAAUUACUAUAUUCUGUGACAUGGACACCUCCCUUAUAUUUUGUCAAUAAAAUAGCUCUAUUUCUUAUGGCA